AUGACAAUUUUCAAUUUUUGGCUUUUUGUUCCUUUGUUUUGCUUGUGUUGUGGUUUAUUGGCUUUUGUUGGUAAGCGUAAGCAUUUAUUAAAUGUCUUGUUAAGUUUAGAGUUUAUUAUAGUAAAUAUUUUUUGGUUUAUAGCUCAGGCUUUCGGUCAUCUAGGUAGUGACUUAUAUUUCGUGUUAUUCUUUUUAACUCUUGCUGCUUGUGAGGGAGCACUUGCUUUGGCUUUGUUAGUUUCUAUUGUUCGUAGACACGGAAGGGAUAAUUUUGGGAGUUUUAAUGUUUUGAGAUGUUAA